AACGAGCGUCCAUUAGAAAUUCAAUCUGCUUAUCUUGAAAUUUUUUGUUUAAUCUAAUAAUUGCAGUAACAUUUGGCAAAUCUUGAAUCCAAAAGUUCAAUUCCACUAGCGAGAAUGGCAGAAUGCAACCAGCUAUAUCUUCACUGUUACAACGCACGUUCUAGUAGUUAUGAGAAUUUGUCUUCUAAAUCAAUAAAAAUGGUGUAAAAGUUGGAGAAAAUUGGAUGACAGAAAUGGAGUCUUAGAAAUUUAUGGAUAGCAUGACUUAUUUGAUUAUGAUUGAACUAAGAGAGACGUUUGGGAUGAUAUUUUUUCCACAUCGUGCCAAAAAACUACUUUAUGCUUCACCAGUGCUGAUAAAACAAUGUUAUAAAUAUAUAUUUUGUGAUCAUAUUGCGGUUGAUGUUGCAGCUCAACUUGUAUAGGCAGGAGGAGGCUUUAUGCUGGCAUUAUAAGAACUGUUUAUUUUAAGUUGGAUGGAGCGAAGCUACGAAGAUUUCAUAUCGAUGAAUUUUGGUGUGAACUUAGAUUAACAAGUAUUUGGCUCUGAAUUCUAAUCUGAAAUACAGUACAAAAACAGAAGGCCCCAGUGAUCUUUUGGUCUGAACUUGAGCUCACAAAUAUUGGGGUCUAAGUUCUAUUAAUUUCAGAAAUAGCUAAUUUUCAACAACAAAUUGAUCCAGGUCAUCUGUAACCAGAAUGGGUGCUCUGAGAAAUUUUCAAUCAGUAAAGAGUGUGUGUCAUACUACAUCUGUUAAGUUGAUAGUAGUCAUAUAUAUUAUUGCUGUUUCCACAAUAAUGACCGAUGCAGCCUGGGGGUCUGGAAGGAGGAGAACUGAGGCCUUUCCAGCUGACUUACUGUUAGUGAAUUUGACUCUGGUGGAGAGAGCAGCAGAAACAGGAGCUUUUUGUCUGGACGGGAGUUUGCCAGCCUACAGUUUGGACAGGGGUUAUGGGUCAGGAGCAAAUAACUGGCUCCUACAAUUACAGAGUGGAGGAUGGUGUAACGAUAGAGAAUCCUGCAUUGCUAGGAAAACAACCUUCAAGGGAUCAUCCAAUUACAUGGACAAGCAGGGUGUGUUUUCGGGCAUUUUAAGCAACAAACGUUGCGAAAACCCAGACUUCUUUAAUUGGAAUAGGGUGAAACUUAUGUAUUGUGAUGGUGCCUCUUUUGCUGGGGAUUUGUAUGAUGAGGAAUCAGGUCUUUAUUUUAGAGGGCAAAGAAUUUGGCAUGCCAUGAUUGCUGAUCUCCUAGAAAAUGGAAUGAAACAUACAAAGCAGGCUCUUCUAUCUGGUUGUUCAGCUGGAGGUUUAGCAGCAUUCUUGCAUUGUGAUGAUUUUCGGAAGCUUCUACCAAGAAAUGCCACUGUGAAAUGUAACAGUGAUGGUGGAUUUUUUCUUGAUGCGAAAGAUAUAUCUGGAAUGUACUCUAUAAGGUCAUUAUUCAAUGACACUGUUAAUUUACAGGGAAUAGUGAAGAACUUGCCUCAAGCAUGUACUUCUUCGCAAUUGGAUCCAAACCAGUGCUUUUUUCCGCAACAUCUAUUUCCAUACAUUCAAACGCCCUUCUUUAUCUUGAAUGCAGCAUAUGAUACUUGGCAGAUUGAUAAUAUUUUGGUACCAGAAUCAGCUGAUCUUCAAGGUCAUUGGCAUUAUUGUAAGAUGAAUCCAGUUGAUUGCACUUCUACACAAUUGAAGAUAUUGCAAGGGUAUAGGAUGCAGAUGCUUGAUGCAUUGGAAACAUAUAAGGAAUCUAAAACAGGAGGAAUGUUUAUUUAUUCAUGCUUUGGACAUUGUCAAUCAGAGACUCAAUACAUGUGGUUUGCUCCCAACUCAACAAUGGUCAAUGACAAGGAAAAGGAGUGGGAAGAAGCGGUUUGAAUCAGCAUUGAGAGGAAAGGUGUUGUUUGCUGCUUAAAGGGGUGACGAAGACGAACACGAUGGGAAGGAUGGAGGUACUGACGAUGACUAGUUGGGCAGAGAUGAAAUGGACGAAUUGAACGGCAGCCUAGAUGGCGAGAAGCAAGAAUAUUUAUUGAAUAUUUGACUAGAAUCUGAAUAGUUAUCCCAUGACCAUUAAGUUUCAAAGCUUGUUGUUAGGAAUACUACUUGUAAUCCAUAUGUUUCUGCUGCUGGGAAGCUUAGUGAAGCCUCUAGCAUCGGCAGUUUCUCUUGCUCCAUGAGUUUGCAGGGAAGGGCUAGUGUGUUGUUGCAUCGUUGGAUCUGUUUG